AUGGAAGAGCAAUCAGGCUUCCCUUUCACGAGAACACCCGAGACUCCUGAAUAUCAAGUCGAUGUUUCGGGAGUAUUCCCAAAUGGGACUACGUUCUUCGUUACUGCCACCGCCGAGACAUUGCCAAGAAUCGUUAGCGGUCUGGAUGGGCAAGCAGUAUCAGGGCUAUGGGGGAGCGAAGCUGGUUUUGAGGUCACUAGAGAUCUCAAUAAAGUAGCCCUUGCAUUCAAUCAGAAACCGGCAGGUGUUAGAGGAGGUGCGAUAUUCGAACGGGACCGCACCCCGGCACAUGUUGCAUGUGAGGCAACCACUUCCGGAUCUUUCUAUUUUGAUUCUGUGGCACGAGCUCCUUUGAGCCCUUCGCAGCAUUUGCUUUACGAUGAAACUGGAUGGGCUAUUGCCAUGAGGCGGGCAAAUGCGUCAGUAAGCGUCGAUAUCGGAGGAACGUGGUUUAAUUUAACUGGCAGAGGUUAUCAUGACCACAACUGGGCUCCAGAAUCUCUUGAUACUUACAUUUACACUUGGCUAUUCGGGGCGGGCUCCUGUGGUCCGUUUGAUCUAGGAUAUGUUGAAGUUCAACCUCUGAACUCGACUCGGAAAGAUGAUGUUGUUCAAGGAACUCUGGCCUACGAAGGACAGAUUCUGCAAACUGAAUGCAACCUUUACGGGACUCGGUCAAGCUCAAUCGUCACGGUUGAGCUCGUUGGCAAGGCACUUGAUCCUAUAACGGGCCAAACAGUGCCAACAGGGGUCAACCUUGAAUAUAUUCUUGGAAAUGGCACGCACUAUCAGUUCAACCUGACAAACACUGUGACGAAUCCGGACCAGGUGCCAUACAAGCGAUGGAGAUAUGGCGGCUCUGGUGGUCAACUUGAUGGGCCUCAGUACGAGUGCUCUGUAAUCGCAGAUUGGCUCAAUCCUGGUUUGGCAGAAUAUACCCCUGGGGAAAACAUAUUUGCAAAAGGAAACGUUGGAGUAUGA